UUCACUACAAAAUCACAAGACGACACUCCACCACGUCAUUUAGCCUAAAAGUUUACAGAUGGCCAAUAUGGUGUUGUAUAAUAUCACUUAUUUCUUUUGUCUCACUUAAUUCUUUGAUGCUAUUAUUUUUUUCAUUCUCUUCCUCCUCUCGGGGUCUCCCUUAAAACCGGAGAAUACGAAGGAACCCAAAAAAAUGCCUCCGAAUAACAUCGGGAUCGGAGUUUUUUCAAAGCAAUACUGAAAGAAGAAGAAAAAAAGGAAGAAAAAGGAGGAAAAGGAAGUACAAAGAAGGUUUCUCCGUAAAGAAUAUAUAAAAAAAAACGAUUGAGGUGUUUUAAGGUUUAAUGUGCACGGACAUUGUAUUGCAGACGACGAGCCAGGGUUAGUUUUCUGUUGUGACAAGCAGCAGCCAUUAUUUUUACAUCAAACAACAAAAACUCAUUCGGGUUCAUACAUACAUACAUACACACACACACACACACUUGCCUUUCUGUCUGUCUCUAAUAAACAUAUUCAAAGACAGAGAGAGAAGAGAAAAAAAGAUAGUUUUUGUUCUCUUCUGAAUCUCACACAUUUUAGAGUGUCACUCCUUCAGCAAACCCUCCCUCCAAAAUAUAUAUAUACCAGAUAAGACUAGUAACCUGUCAUGAUGGGCCCUCCAAAAUAUGGAAUUUACAUAAUCCAAGGUGAAAUAUCUCUAGUUGUGACUGCUAUGAGAAGAACUACUCGAUGGACUACACACAGUCACCAAGAUGACGAUGCUGAUCCAAUAUUAAGCAGCUUUUCUCAGCUAAAAGAUGUGCUUAACACAGUGGCAGAUUUGGGUGAUCUAGAACCAAAUGCAUUUUUAAGUCCAUUCCUUGGAGUAAUCCGAUCAGAAGAUACAACAGGGCCAAUCACUGGACUUGCUCUCACCUCUGUCAACAAAUUUAUCUCCUAUGGGUUGAUUGAACCUUCCUGUAAAACAGCAGCUCCAGCAAUAGAAAACAUUGCUGAUGCUGUAACACAUGCUCGAUUUGUUGGCACAGAUCCUAGUUCGGAUGAAGUUGUUCUUAUGAAAAUAUUACAUGUACUUCGAACGUUGCUGCUGUCUCCAGCUGGAGUGCUACUUACAAAUGAAUCUGUCUGUGAAAUCAUGCAGUCUUGCUUCAGAAUCUGUUUUGAGAUGAGAUUGAGUGAGUUAUUAAGGAAGUCUGCUGAGCACACCCUUAUGGAUAUGGUACAACUUCUGUUCACACGCCUACCUCAGUUCAAGGAAGAUCCAAAAUGGAAUGCAAGUAUGAAGAAGCUAAAGAUGAGGACUGGCAGUGUUGAACCAUCACGGAUGGGCAAAAAGAAACGCUCACCCAAGCGGAAACAUGACAAAAUGAACUCUCAACAUGCUUCAAUGCAUCCACAGAUCACACGGCAGAGCAAUGAAUGCAUAAAGAAUGGGAAUACUUCAUCUGCACCAGUUUCUAUAGGGACACCAGUAUCGGGAUCAUCAUCUUCAUCAUCCACAAUAACAGCCACAACUACUACUUCUCCAACCAAUGCAUCAGUAACAAAUGAAACUAGUGCAGAGGAAAACAGAAUUGAAAGUGAUAGGAAGAUCAAAGACUUAAAUAAUGAAAGUGAACUUUCUGAAUCAGUUCAGUCAUCCGACGGUGUCCAUGAAACUGCACCAGAUGAAAUCAUAGCCACGACGCCUGCUGCUUUACCAAUGGAAAAAACUGUAAUUGAUAUCAAUAACAGCUUUCAGCAAGAUUCUGAGCUGGAGGAAGCAUCUGAUAAAGAAAGCUUUGACGCAAGAUAUACUAUAUCAGAAGAAAAACAACUAGAAACUGAAGAAGAAGUAUCUUUAGAUAAAGAUGAUUCCAGAGAACCUGAACAAGAAGUAUGUAAUUCUAUAUCAUCAAGCCAAGAACGUUUAAAUGUUUCAAGGCCAACAAAUGUUCAUAAAUCUAUUAGUGAAACAGAACUGAACUCUGAACAAAGUUGUCCUUCAGAAACAGGAGAUGAUGCAGACUCUAUUCCAUCAGUAAAUGAAUUUGCUUCACCACCAACACCAGCAUCUCCUGCAGUGAAUAGCAGUGACUUCGUCAAUCCUAGAGGUAUCCGAUUUAUGCCACAGCAAUAUCCAAAAGAGGGUACCAAUCCACUAAUACCUUAUGGUCUCCCUUGUGUAAGGGAAUUGUUUCGGUUCCUUGUAUCAUUAAUUAACCACUGGGACCGACACAAUACAGAUGUUAUGAUCCACAUGGGUCUUAGUUUGCUGACUGUAGCGUUGGAAUCUGGUGCCGAUUCUAUCAGGACAUUCAAAUCCUUGUUGUAUUUAGUCAAAGAUGAAAUGUGCCGCAAUUUGUUCACUGUAAGUUUACAAAUUUUACUCUCUCCUCACUGUUCAAAUCAAAACUUUUCUUAUAGAAAAAAAAAACGAAAAUAUGUUAAGCUUUUUUUUUAUCUUAAAUUAAAAUAAGAAAUGUACCUGACCAAACUAAGCGACAUAAUUGUAUCAGAAGCUCCUAGAAUACCCUAUGAAAUGCGUGAGAUUUCUCUGGAAGCUGUUGUUCACCUAUGGCGAAUCCCUGGACUUGUUACUGAACUCUUUCUUAACUAUGACUGUGAUCUCUACUGCUCAAACUUAUUUGAGGACCUUACCAAACUUCUUUCAAAAAAUGCAUUCCCAGUGUCGGGUAUUUUUACCACUCAUUUAUUAUCACUGGAUGCCCUUCUCACUGUUGUUGACACAAUCGAACAACACUGUCACAGCCGAAUCCUCUCCUCCACCAAAGCUGCUGCUGCAGCAGCGGCUUCAGCGGCUUCAGCAACCAAUGGUGAGUCAGUUGAUGCCGGACAACAAACUACUUCAAACACGAAUGAGAAUGUGCCAGAAACCAAUAAUUCAAAUUCAAGUGUUAAGCCAUUGACGCCUCCUGAAGUUGUAGACUUACCUCUUACUUCUGGUUAUGAUGUCGGACAAAAGAUAAUAUCUAAAGAAAUGACUACAACAGAACAUACCUGGCCUCAAAAACCAGCCAAAGAGAUUCAAAAGGGACCCCAGAUCCGACCAAACAGAAUGAAAAUUACUGAAAAAGUACCUACAUCUGAGGAGCUAGCUGCACUGAAACAUAAAAAGAAGAUGUAUCAGAGUGGAACUGAACAAUUUAAUGUAAAACCUGUGAAAGGUAUACACUUCCUACAGGAACAGGGCCUCCUUUCCACUCCUUUAGAUCCAGGUGAAGUGGUCACAUUUUUAAGAGAGAAUCCUAAAUUGGACAAGAGACAAAUCGGAGAAUACAUCAGUAACAAGAAAAAUGCAAAGAUAUUUGAAGCUUUUGUCAAAUCCUUCAAUUUCAAUGACACGCGAUUGGAUGAAGCUUUGCGUCUCUACUUAGAAACAUUCCGUUUACCUGGGGAGGCUCCUGUAAUAUCCUACAUCAUUGAAAUGUUUGCUGAACAUUGGCAUAAAACCAACGGGGAACCUUUUGCUGAUUCUGAUGCUGCAUUUACACUGGCAUAUGCUGUGAUUAUGUUAAAUGUGGACCAGCACAACCACAAUGUUAAGAAACAGAGUACACCUAUGACUGUUGAUGAAUACAAGAGAAAUGUCUCAAAAACCAAUGGUGGUAAUGAUUUUGAUGAGGAUAUGUUGGAAGAUAUUUAUAAUGCUAUUCGGAAUGAAGAAAUAGUGAUGCCUGCAGAACACACUGGGUUGGUGAAGGAAAAUUAUUUGUGGAAAGUUUUACUCAAAAGGGGAAGUGGCAAGGAAGGGUCAUUUAUACAUGCUCCCACAGGUUCUUUUGACCAUGAGUUAUUCACUCUAGCUUGGGGGCCAACAGUUGCUGCUCUUUCAUUUAUCUUUGACAAAAGUUCAGAUGAAGGCAUCAUACAGAAAGCAAUCUCAGGUUUCAGGAAGUGUGCAAUGAUCUCUGCUCAUUAUGGUAUGAGUGAUGUAUUUGACAAUCUCGUUAUCUCACUCUGUAAAUUUACAACAUUACUUAGUUCUGCUGAUGCACCUGAAAACAUUUCAGUCUCUUUUGGUGGUAAUUCCAAGGCUCAGCUUGCUGCAAGAACUGUUUUUGGACUUGCUCAUCGGCAUGGUGAUAUUUUAAGAGAAGGCUGGAAAAAUAUUCUUGACUGCUUGUUACAGCUCUAUCGAGCAAAACUUGUCCCCAAAAGCCUCAUAGAGGUGGAAGAUUUUGCCGACGAUAAAGGAAAGAUCUGUAUUAUGAAAGAAGAGACUACUUCUACAAGCAGACCAGAAACUGGAAUGCUUAGUUCCUUCUAUGGAUUUUUUGCAUUAUCAGAAUCUGCUAACACUAAAGGUCCAACACCAGAAGAACAAGAAGCCACUGAACAGGCUCGCAAUUGCAUCCAUGAUUGUCACCUUGAACAGCUGAUUAUGGACAGCAAGUUUCUACGGGAAGAAGCUCUGCAAGAGCUGGUUAAGACACUGCUCAUUGGUUCCCAGGUGCCAGAUUCUGACGAAGCCCUCUGCAUGCAAGGAGAUGAGGAUUCUGCUGUGUUUUUCCUUGAGCUUCUUAUAAAAGUAGUCUUGCAGAACAGGGAUAGAGUGACAAUUAUCUGGCAAGCUGUUCGAGAUCACCUCUACAACCUUAUUGUCGAUGCUACUGAUCAUACAUUCCUAGUAGAAAGAGCUGUUGUUGGUCUUCUUCGAAUUGCCAUACGCCUGCUCAGGAGAGAAGAGAUAGCUUCCCAGGUCCUUGCUUCACUACGUAUCUUGCUAAUGAUGAAACCAGCUGUGAUCCAUUCCAUCUGCCAGCAAGUGGCAUACGGUCUUCAUGAUCUUUUGCGCACUAAUGCUGCCAACAUUCAUUCAACGCAAGAUUGGUACACUUUGUUCACAGUUCUUGAAGUAGUUGGAGCUGGCGCUAAACCACCAAACUUUAUGCAGUUAUGUACCUCUAAUGCUACAAAUGAUGCUGCAACAGACUCUGGAGCUCAAAGUGACAGUGAAGUUCAAAGUGUGAACAUUCCAUCUGAAUCAGGUGAGAGAGGCUACACAUCCGAUAGCGAGUUAUAUGACACUCAGUCAAAACACCAUCGAACCUGUCAUACAGAAUUGGAAGUUAAACCUGCCCCAGACAAUGUCAGUUGGCUCAUGGUGGAGAAAGAAGUUGUAAGCAGUGGUUCUACAAAUUCUUUGACUUCCCCCACCACCCACCGUCCUCCACGUAACCAAUACUCUAUUGAUCUCAACGAAGAUAUUUUUUACUGUGAUUCUAAAGCUUUACUCCGGUCGUCAGAAACGUUGGCUUUUCUGGUACGAGAUGCAGUACAUGUAACACCACACAACUUUGAAAGCUGUAUUCAUGCCAUCCGUGCAUUUGUUGAAGCUAGUAUCAAUGGAGGACAACAAAAAAAUAUUUGUAAAACUACUCAAACUCCCCGUGAUAAGAAACAUCAUUCUAAAUCAAACCGGCCAAAGAAAGAACAAUACAGAACAAAAAGAUCCUACUCUAAUGCCAGCCAGCAGAAUCAGACGCAAAUUUCUGAUGAUGAAAACGACAAUGAAACAUUGGCUGCUGGCUUACACUCUCUCUCCAUUCAGUUGCUGGACUUGAUGCACACUUUGCACACAAGGGCUGCAUCUAUCUUCAGUUAUUGGGCAGAGGAAGGCAAUUCUAGUGGAGAAGUCAGUGAUGCCACUAUUGAUGCUGGUACUAGUACUCUGUGGGCAAAGUGUUGGUGCCCUCUUUUACAAGGAAUUGCUCGGCUGUGUUGUGAUUCUCGUAGACAAGUUCGAAGUCAAGCCCUCACCUACCUUCAAAGAGCUUUACUUGUCCAUGAUCUUCAGACUCUUUCUGCUAGUGAGUGGGAAGCUUGCUUUAAUAAGGUUCUCUUUCCACUUCUCACCAAACUGCUAAGUAAUAUAAAUAGCCAGGAUCCUUCUGGAAUGGAAGAGACCCGUGUCAGAGCAUCAACAUUAAUCUGUAAGGUAUUCCUACAGCAUCUGUCUCCUCUCUUAUCAUUGAGUACCUUUACAGCACUAUGGCUAACUAUAUUAGAUUUCAUGGAUAAAUACAUGCACAAAGGCAGUGAUCUCUUGUCAGAUGCAAUACGAGAAUCCUUAAAAAAUAUGUUACUAGUUAUGGACACAGCUGGAAUUUUCCACACUGAUACAACAGACUCACAACUCUGGAAGUUGACAUGGGACCGUAUUGACACGUUCUUACCAGAACUGCAAGAGGAACUAUUUAAAACUCAGGAACCUGUGUGUGUUCCAGAACCAAGAAACAUUGAUCGUAAUAAUGCUAGCCUUGAAAAAGUGGUAGUAAUGGUAGCUAACGAAGACAUCCAACCAGACCCUCAAAUAACAUUGCCAGUCACGAAUAACAAUGGUACAGCAAAAGUGCCUGAUUCUCCAAGUUCUCAAAACUCAGAUGUUCAAACGCCAAGUCCGGACAGUGGAAUUGGCAAAUCUCCUCGUUCAGAAAGUCCAUUGGUUGGAGGGAAUAGUGCCACCAUGACAUCCGCUUACAUUCUUCAGCCACCCUUGCCUAAAGUUGCCUCUCGCAGUAGCAUGGCAGACAACAUGUCAGUAAACAGUUCACCAGUUGCACCACGCCCUAACAUUACAGACUCAGUGACUGUAAACAACUCUUCUUCCACUUCUGGUUCCAUAGCUUCUACUGCAAGCACCGUUCCGUUACUUCUGAACCCAGAUAUCAUGCAAGGGACUACAAUUCCUUUUAUUUCUCCUCAGAUGGAAAGACAUGAAAGCCAGUGAUAAAUCAACUGACCGGUCACUUCGACUCUCUACUGGUGCCUACUUGCAGUUUGAAGCUGAUCCCCCCCCCCCCCUCUUUAUGUUGAUAAAACUUUUCACCAUCAA